AUGGAUAAUGCUAUUAGUAAUUGUAAUAGUAAGAUUUGGGUUUUUUGGAACAGUGAUAUUGAUUGCAAUAUUCUUGAUGAAGAUGAGCAGCAAAUUACUUGUGACAUGAAACACAAUGAGUUACAAUAUCAAUUUACUAGUACAUUUAUCUAUGCAAAAUGUAAAGACUAUCUAAGGAGACCUUUAUGGGAGAAAUUGAUUCAUCAUGCAUCUAUUAACAUCAAUCCCUGGUGUGCAGUAGGGGACUACAAUGUUAUUUCUGAUGUUGAGGAAAAACUAGGAGGAUUGCCUUACAAUAUGAAAAAAAGCAUGGACUUUAUUGCUGCUAUUGAAGCCUGUGGUCUGAUGGACAUUGGUUUUAGUGGUCACAAGUAUACUUGGUCUAACAAGAGGGGUAUCAAUCAUAGAAUUUGGAAGAGACUAGAUAGAGCCUUGAUUAAUGAUUUAUGGUUGGAAAGAAUGCCACAAACAACCAUAACUCAUUUAGCAACUACCGGAUCUGAUCAUUGCCCCCUUUUGUUGGAAAUGGUGUCGAAUGAAGCUGAUCACAUCAAAUACUUCAAGUUCCUUAAUUGUUGGGUUGAUAAUCCUAAUUUCAUGAUUACUGUCAAGGAUUGCUGGAAUAGACCUAUGGAGGGUAAUGCUAUGUGGAAAUUCCACCAGAAAAUGAAAAGAUUAUCUAAUACCCUUAGUGCUUGGUCUAGAAAGGAAUUUGGUGAUAUUUAUCAAAAGGUUAGGAUGUACGAGGAACAAAUGCAUGAUGCAGAAGAAAAAUACAUCCAAAGCCAAACUGAGUCAAAUAGGAGUACCCUCCAUGAAUUAAAUGCUCAAUAUAUCAAGUUCCUCAAACUGGAAGAUACCAUUUUGAAACAGAAGACUCAGCUUCAAUGGUUCAAAGAUGGGGAUACUAAUUCUAAAUAUUUUCAUUCCAUUAUAAGGGGAAGGAGGAGGAAACUUUUCAUUCACAAAAUUGUUACAGAAAGUGGAGAUUGGAUUCAAGGUGAGAACAAUAUUGCCCAUGAGGCUUGUGAACACUUCAAUACCAUCUUUACAGGAGAGAAUAAACAUAUUGAUGAACAUAAGCUGGAUUGCAUUGCCAAUAUGGUCAAUCAGGACCAAAACACUCAGCUUACACAAUUACCUGAUAUGGAGGAACUGAAAGAAGUAGUUUUUUCCAUGAAUCCUAACUCGGCAGCUGGCCCCGAUGGUAUGAAUGGAUACUUCUUCCAAAAAUGUUGGAACAUCAUCAAGAAUGAAUUGCUAGAAGUAAUAUAUGCCUUUUUCAGUGGCCAAAUGAUUCCGAAGUACUUCUCUCACUCUUGUAUAGUGUUGCUCCCAAAAGUGAAUAAUCCAAACAAGCUCACGGAGUUUAGACCAAUAAGUCUUAGUAAUUUUACUAGUAAGAUCAUCUCUAAACUAGUAAGUACUAGACUUAGUCCUAUACUUCCGUCCUUAAUUUCCACUAACCAAUCUGGUUUUGUGAAAGGGAGGAGCAUCUCUGAAAACAUCAUGCUUGCUCAGGAAAUCAUUCAUCAUAUCAAGAAACCCAACAUUGGAAGUAAUGUGAUUAUCAAAUUAGACAUGGCAAAAGCGUAUGACAGGGUGUCUUGGUCAUAUAUUUGCCUAGUCUUGAGGAAAAUGGGUUUUAAUGAGAUGUUCAAUUAUAUGUGUUGGAGAAUUAUGGCCAACAAUUGGUACUCCAUUAUCAUCAACGGCAAAAGGUAUGGAUUCUUUCAGUCUACUAGAGGUCUUAAACAAGGUUGGCAAACUAAGCAACUAAGUUUUGGUGGAAAGGCUGUGCUUGCCAAACAUGUCCUCCAAGCAUUACCUAUACACCUUCUAAGUGCUGUAACCCAUCCAAAAACAAUCAUCAAACAAAUUCAGAUGCUUAUUGCAGACUUUUUCUGGGGAUGGCAGCACAAUAGCAAGAAAUACCAUUGGUCCUCUUGGAAAAAUCUAAGCUAUCCGUAUGAAGAAGGGGGAAUUGGGAUGAGGAACUUAAGUGAUGUAUGCAAAUCCUUCCAAUUCAAGCAAUGGUGGAUAUUCAGAACAAAACAAACCUUGUGGGGAGACUUCUUGAGAGCUAAAUACUGUCAAAGAUCUAAUCCGGUAAGCAAAAAAUGGGAUACUGGAGAAUCACUAACUUGGAAACACAUGUUAGCUAUUAGACAACAGGUGGAGCAGCACAUUCAAUGGCAAAUACAAGCAGGGAACUGUUCAUUUUGGUGGGACAACUGGCUGGGCACAGGUUCAUUAGCACAGCAUACUAGCAGCAAUAUCAGACUUAACAACACCAAGGUUUCAGAAUUCUGGGAAAAUGGUGCUUGGAGUUGGAGAAAACUGCAGGAACAGGCCCCUGCAAGUCAGCUGGCCAGCAUCAUAGCCACAAUAAUUCCUCAACAACAACAGAAACCAGACCAGCCUAUUUGGAAGCUACACAAUCUUGGCAAAUUUAAUUGCAAGUCUGCGUGGGAGGCAAUCAGAAGCAAGAAGGCUAAGAACAGUUUCUUUUCCUUUUUAUGGCAUAAUUCUAUUCCUUUUAAAUCAUCUUUUCUUUUAUGGAGAGUUUUAAAAGGUAAAAUUCCUACUAAUGAAAAACUAACUAACUUUGGCAUUGAGCCAUCACCAUGCUUUUGUUGUGUUGAUAGAACAGGGAUGGAUACCAUUGAUCACAUCUUCAGUACAGGUAAGUUUGCAAGUACAGUAUGGAAAUCAUUUGCAGCAAGUGCAGGGCUGCAACAUGACCAAACAACACUGCAAGCAAGGCUGGAAAAAUGGUGGACAGCCAACCCACGAAAUGCAGGCCACCAGUUGCUGCUACAAGCCACUCCAAUCUUCAUCUGUUGGAAUUUAUGGAAGAAUAGAUGUGCAAGCAAAUAUGGAGGAAAAGCAACCAACAUCAGUCGAGUUAAAUACGCAAUCUACAAGGACAACUUCAAGAUGAUGAAAAAUGCCUUCCCCUACAUCAAUUGGCCUGCUCAUUGGACAGCCUUCAUCAAAACAAGCGAAAGAUGCAAACAUGAAAUCAAAGUGUGUAAGUUAGCAUGGAACAGACCUCCGGAAGAAUGGAUCAAGAUAAACACUGAUGGAAGCGCUCUCACCAACCCAGGAAAGAUUGGAGCUAGGGGUAUAAUCAGAGACAAGGAUGGCAAAUUGAUACUAGCAUUUGCAACACCUCUUGGUGAAGGCUCCAACAACAAAGCUGAAACUGAGGCUGCGCUAUUUGGAUUGAUUAAGGCAUUAGAAUUAGGCUUCACGAACAUAAUAAUGGAGUUGGAUUCACAGCUGGUUGUGCAAUGGAUAACCAAAAAGUCAAUCCACCAUUGGAGUGUUGCAAAUCAAAUUGCAAGAAUCCAAUUCCUUAUCUUGCAAACUCAGAACUUCAAGUGUCAACACAUCCUCCGGGAAGCAGAUUCUCUCUCCAAACACAGCCACAGCACCACAGGCCCUCAAAUAUACGUCAACAGCACUCAAUUACCUAAAGAAGCUCAAGCAUACUAUUGGAUGGAUCUACUCAACAUGCCAAGUUUUAGAAGGAAAAAGACUAAGAAGAUUUUUGAUCCCCCUUGA